AAAACGUGGUAAUGAGAUAGUUUCCACCCCCCGGGAAGCCCAGUCCUGGAGGGGGAGGGGCGCCUGCGGUCCUUCUAGCCUCUCUUCCCAUCCUCAAGAAGGUAGAAAUGAACAGCAUUUUCCCCAAAUCCCAAAAUCCUCUUUGAGGCGUGGCUGGAGAGGGCACACUUUAUAUCCCGGAGACUGCGACUGAUCCGUUCCACUCCGUCCCUGCCUGGAGUCUCCGUCUCGCCUGGAGAAGAUGCCCAGGGGGCCCCCGCAGGCAGGUUGUCUUCCAGCGCCCUGAGGAUCGUCUCCAUUGGAUUGCUCCGAGCCAGGUGGACUGGCAAACUCUGCGAGAAAAGGGAGUCUCCAGGUUCCACACACUGCCUCCACUUCCCAAAGGUUUUGGAAAUCUCCUUGUCUCCAGGUUUCUGGAAUUGACUUCUGGCUCAACUGAAUCACUCAAUGGAGACAAAGAGAACUAAUGCUUUGUGCUGAGUCAUACUUGAAUCAAAGCAUCUGGGAGUCUGUCUGCCUUGGUGGUGGAAAGAGCCAGUGAUACUGUCUAUCACUGAGCUCCCUAAGACUUCUGAAGAUAAGCAGUUAAAGGAAUAAAAACUUUCUUUUGAACUUUUAUAACAAAUAUUUGCUCUAGUUUGGAAGCCCAGGACUUCUGGGGGUGUGAGUGACAAGUCUUACAAGUGGCCUUAUUCCAAGUCCAGACAUUCCUCAACCAGAUUCUUAUUUUAUACAUAGCCCCGAGUGACAGCAAACAUGCCGACUCAAUCCCUCUUAGUGUACAUGGAUGGACCGGAAGUCAUCGGCAAUGCUCUUGGCAGCCAGAUGGAGCUGGAUGAUGCCAUGUCAAUAAAAGGGACGACUGCUGUCCCUUUCAGAGCCACACAGGAGAAGAGCAUCAUCCAAAUCGAAGGCUAUGCGCCCCUGGACUGCAUGUUCUGCAGUCAGACCUUCACACACUCUGAAGAGCUCAACAAACACGUCCUGGUGCAGCAUCGGCCCAUCCUCUGUGAGCCCGCGGUCCUGCGUGUGGAAGCCGAGUAUCUUAGUCCUCUAGAUAAAAGUCAGGUGCGAACGGACCCUCCCAAGGACAAGAGUGGCAAAGAAAGUGAAGACUUGAGCUGUGAAGUGUGUGGGCAGACAUUCAGGGUCGCUUUCGACGUUGAGAUCCACAUGAAGAAACACAAGGACUCUUUCACCUAUGGGUGUCACGUGUGCGGACGGAGGUUCAAGGAGCCCUGGUUUCUGAAGAACCACAUGCGAACACACAACGGCAAGUCGGGGGCCAAGAGCAAGCUGCAGCCGGGCCUGGAGAGCCCAGCCACCAUCAACGAGGUGGUCCAGGGCCAGGCGGCCGAGAGCAUCUCCUCUCCUUACAAAAUCUGCAUGGUUUGUGGCUUCCUCUUUCCAAAUAAAGAAAGUCUAAUUGAUCACAGGAAGAUGCACACCAAAGACACGGCUUCCGGUGGUGACAGUCCCCAAGCAGACUCUCAGCAGGCGGGGAUGCCAGCCCCCAGGGACGAGUUCCUGCAGUUCCUAAACCUGAGACCCAAAGCGCACCCCGAAACCGAGAAGCAGCCCACCAGAUGGAUACCUCAGCUCGACCCAUUCACCACCUACCAGGCCUGGCAGCUGGCCACCAAGGGCAAAGUCGCCGUGUGCCGGGAGGUGAAAGAGCAGCCUGGGCAGGAAGGGAGCACUGACAACGACGACUCGGACAAAGAAGAGCUGGGAGAGAUCUGGGAUGCCAGUAAAAGCCAUCCCGAAGGUUCUGGAAAGUCCAGAACCAACAAGAGCGGUUGUGCAGGCCUCGCACAAGAUAAGGAGAAGCCUAGACACGCCAACGGUGAAGUGCCUUCCGGGGACGCGGACCCCAAGUUGUCCAGUAAGAGUGAGAAGCCGACGCAUUGCUCCGAGUGUGGCAAGGCGUUCAGAACCUACCACCAGCUGGUCCUGCACUCAAGAGUCCACAAGAAGGACCGGAGGACGGAUGCUGAGUCGCCAACCAUGUCUGUGGACGGCAGGCAGCCGAGGACAUGUUCUCCAGACCUAACCAGCACCCUGGACGAGAACGGAGCCACCGACCGAGAGGGUGGUUCUGAAGAUGGAUCCGAGGACGGACUUCCCGAAGGACUCCAUCUGGAUAAAAAUGAUGAUGGAGGCAAAAUAAAGCAUCUGACAUCUUCAAGAGAAUGUAGUUAUUGUGGGAAAUUUUUCCGUUCAAAUUAUUACCUCAAUAUUCAUCUCAGAACGCAUACAGGUGAAAAACCAUACAAAUGUGAAUUUUGUGACUAUGCUGCAGCCCAGAAGACCUCUCUGCGGUAUCACUUGGAGAGACACCACAAAGAUAAGCAGGUCGAUGUGGCUGCCGAGGUCAAGAGCGAUGGGAAAAACCAGGAGACCGAAGAUGCACUACUCACUGCCGACAGUGCGCAAACCAAAAAUUUGAAAAGAUUUUUCGAUGGUGCCAAAGAUGCUAGAGGCAGCCCACCUGCCAAGCAACCUAAGGGGGCGGCUCCCGCCUUUCCGAAUGUUCUGGGCAGUGCUGCCCUCUCGCCAGUACUCAAAGAUACUCAGGAUUUCAGUAAAAAUGCAACCGAAGAUAGUGCUGAUAAGACCAGCAGAAACCCCGCCCCCGCUUAUUUGGACAUGUUCAAGAAGAGACCGGCCGGCGAGCCUCCGGCCAGUCACCUCCUCCGCAGAACCGAGGCGGCCGUCCCACGCCCCCCGCACCCCGACGCCGCUGUCUGGCAGGGUGACGUGGGCCCCAGAGAGAAGAAGGCAGAGGCCAAGCCCAGCCCGGACUGUCAGGAGAAGCCCUUAAAUCUAUCCCUGGGGGCACUUCACAGCUGCCCAGCCAUUUCUUUGAGCAAGAGUCUAAUCCCAAGUAUCACCUGCCCAUUUUGUACCUUCAAGACCUUUUAUCCAGAAGUUUUAAUGAUGCACCAGAGACUGGAGCAUAAAUACAAUCCCGACAUUCACAAAAACUGUAGGAACAAGUCUUGGCUUAGAAACAGGCGCACUGGCUGCCCGCCAGCCCUGCUGGGCAAAGACGUGCCUCCCUUGUCCAGUUUCCCCAAGCCCAAGCCCAAGCCCAAGCCCGCCUUCCCGGCCCAGUCCAAGACCCUGCCGUCGGAGAAGGGGAAGCCGGGCCCCCCGGGGCCAGGCAAAGCCCCUCUGACCUCAGGGACUGACUCUAGCACUUUAGCCCCCAGUAACCUGAAGUCGCACAGGCCACAGCCCAGCGUCGGGGUGCAGGGGGCUCCGGCCAGCAGGCAGCAGCCCUCGGAGCUGUUUUCUAAAAGCGGAGUUUCUCCUGCUCCGGAGAAAAUGAAGAGGCCGGAGGCGAAGUUCAAAGCCCCGGGCGUCUCCGCGUCCCAGCCCGCGCUGGGCAGCAGCACCGUCAACGGCUCGGCCGACUUCCCGGCCAAGCACGACGGCCCGUGGGUGCCCCCGGGAAGAGACUACUUCUGUGGCCGGAGCGCGGGCAGCGCCGGCCCGGAGCUCGGAGAGCCGCUUCCCAAACGGCCGAAAGCCGGGCCGGUGGCCCUGGACGCGGAGCAGCCCGGGCCCCACUACAGACGGGGCCUCGACCUGCCCAAGUACCAGGUGGUCCGCGGGAUCACGUCGCUGCUGCCCCAGGAAUACGGAUGCCCGCCCCCAGCAGUGCUGCCCCCCAAGCCGCGGUUCUUGGCUUCGGGCGAGAUCGACUCUGCCAACGUGCUGACUGUGCACAAGCCCUACGGUGGGCCGGGGUCGCUCUACACGUGCGCCCCCGCGGGCCCCGCCGCCGCUGGGCUGGAAGGAAAAAGGCCCGUGUCAUAUCAGCAUUUAUCUAGCAGCAUGCUACAAAAGAGAAACUAUGAGAAUUUUAUUGGGAAUGCACAUUAUCGGACAAAUGACAAAAAAACUUGAUUUCCUAUUUUGGGGAAGAAAGGUCCUGAUAGAUGUGUGUGCUCCCCGUCCUGUGAAGUUAAGUUAGUUCGCCCCUUGAGAAAGAACAGUGAAAGCUACUGAAAUAAGCUGUGACCGUGCUGUGCACACGAGGAACACUACCGCGCCGCCGGCUCCCACCAGAUAGCAAUAAACCGCAGUGAACAGUUGGGCUGUCUACAAAUGGAGACUGGAAAUCUCUACUUUGUCCCUGAAUAAUAUUUUUCUUUUUUAGAAUUGACCAAAUAAGUGGAGUUUUUGCAUACUUGAGCG